AGUGUUGGUCAAUCAUGGCGGGGUUGUACAGGGGGUGUCAGUUCGUAAACACUUUUCGAAAUACAAACUCUUUAUUACUAGCUUCAUUAGUGAACCAUUGUAGACAACCAUGUCUUGCAAGAUGUGUAUCCACCACGACUGUGUGCAGUGCGAAGCAGGUUUCCUCUGUGAAUAUUCCAGAGUUGGAGACUUUCGAAAAAAUGGGGUACACAUUCGAGAGCCACCAGGAAUUGCACCAGUUCUCGCUGAGUGAACCGGACAUAUUUUGGGGGACGUUUGCCCGGUCAAGGCUACGUUGGUUCGAGGACUUUGGCAAGGUCUCAGAUGUUAACUGGAGUGAAGGGAAAAGUGCCUGGUUUCUUGGAGGAAAGAUCAAUGUGUCUGUGAAUUGCAUCGAUCGUCAUAAAGAGGCUGAUCCAAAUAGAGUUGCCCUUAUAUGGGAGAAGGAUGAGCCAGGACAGGAACAACGGAUAACCUACAAAGAGCUGUAUGAGAUGACCAAUCAGAUUGCAAAUGCCUUGAAGACCAAUGGAAUCAAGAAAGGUGAUCGAGUAGCUAUUUAUAUGCCUGUCUCACCUAUUGCUGUAGCAUCGAUGAUGGCAUGUGCACGCAUUGGUGCCAUCCACAGUGUGGUGUUUGCUGGAUUCAGUUCUGAUGCUUUAGCAAGCAGAGUUAUUGAUGCUGGAGCCGAGACUAUAAUGACCGCUGACCAGGCUGUGAGGGGAGGCAAACUGAUUGACCUGAAGAAGACCGUUGACGAUGCGGUGAAACAAUGCCCUGAUGUGAAGCGGGUCUUUGUAGCUACCAGGACUGGGAACAAAGUACCGAUGUCUAAGAUAGAUAUUCCCCUUGAAGAGGCCAUGGCUAGCGAGUCAACAGAAUGCGAACCUGAGAUGAUGGACUCUGAAGACCUUCUCUUCAUGCUGUACACAUCAGGUUCAACAGGGACUCCUAAAGGCUUAUCUCACUCACAGGCUGGUUAUCUACUCUAUGCAACACUAACACAACAGAUGGUAUUUGACUACCAGCCUGGAGAUACCUACGCCUGUGUAGCAGACAUUGGUUGGAUUACAGGUCACACCUAUGUGGUGUAUGGUCCACUCAGUAAUGGUGCAACCACUGUGCUGUUUGAGAGCACACCAACAUACCCAGAUCCAGGUCGCUACUGGGAGAUGGUUGAGAGGUUAAAGUUGAAUCAGUUUUACGGAGCUCCGACCGCCCUGAGGCUGCUUCUUAAGUAUGAUAACUCAUAUGUGACUAAAUAUGAUCGCUCAACACUUCGGACACUUGGCUGUGUUGGUGAGCCCUUGAAUCAUGAGGCUUGGGAGUGGUACAAUGACAUUGUUGGUGAGAAGCGCUGUAGUCUGGCUGAUACAUGGUGGCAAACAGAGACUGGAGGUAUCAUGAUCACUCCCCGCCCAUCCUCACCAGGAGCUAAGAUUCAUCAUGGACCAAUGACACCUUUCUUUGGUAUUGAACCUGUACUCAUGAGCGACACGGACAGUACUGUAGAGAUGACAAAGAGGAAUGAGUCUGGUGCCUUGUGUGUGAGGAGGCCGUGGCCAGGUAUAGCGCGGACUAUCUACGGCAACCAUCAACGUUAUAUUGAUACAUACUUCAAACCAUACCAAGGGGUUUACUUCAGCGGUGAUGGAGCCCACCGGGAUGAAUUAGGUCACUAUCACAUCACAGGACGCAUGGACGAUGUCAUUAAUGUCAGCGGUCAUCGCUUAGGUACAGCAGAGGUGGAGGAUGCCAUGGAUGAGCAUCCAGCCGUUGCAGAGACGGCUGUAGUUGGAUUUCCCCAUCAAAUCAAAGGAGAAGGUAUAUAUGCGUAUGUGAUUCUCAGAGAGGGAGUCAGCGAAUCUGACGAGGACAUCAUCAAAGACUUGAAGAUACUAGUGAGGAAAAAGAUUGCAGCUUAUGCAGUACCAGAUGAAAUACAGAUCACUCCCGGUGUUCCAAAGACACGCUCAGGAAAGAUCAUGCGACGUAUCCUGCGCAAAGUGUGCGCUGAUCAGAGUGACGAGCUGGGAGACGUCUCAACGCUAGCUGACCCUUCCAUUGUUGAAGUAAUCGUCAAGAAUCAUGAAAAGUUGAGUAAGAAAGGAGUAUAAACAAUGGUCCCUUUUUGGGCCCAGUAUUAUAGAGAUGCUUGAGCAAUAAUGAGCAGGAUACCAGUCACAAAGUGGACAUGUGACAUGGUGUUUUUGGUUAGUAACCUUAUUCUGA